GGAACUCUGCCUCGCUCACUCGUCGUCCGGCGCGCGUCCGAUUCGUAGGGGUGUUCUCCUCUUCCUUUUGUUAACCCGUUUCUCUCACACGCUAAACUACUCGACACAAAAUGUCUGGUCUUGCGGAUCCCGUUGCUUUCGUGAAGGAUUUCGCGGCCGGUGGUAUCGCCGCCGCUAUCUCCAAAACGGCGGUCGCUCCGAUCGAGCGUGUGAAGCUGUUGCUGCAGGUACAGCACAUUUCCAAGCAAAUCUCCGAAGAACAGCGUUACAAGGGUAUGGUCGACUGCUUUAUUCGCAUUCCAAAGGAACAAGGAUUCUCAAGUUACUGGCGUGGUAACCUGGCCAAUGUUAUCCGAUACUUCCCAACUCAGGCUUUGAACUUUGCCUUCAAAGACAAGUACAAACAAGUUUUCCUUGGUGGUGUUGACAAAAAUACUCAGUUCAUGCGCUACUUCCUUGGUAAUCUUGCCUCUGGUGGUGCUGCUGGUGCUACAUCUCUAUGUUUUGUCUACCCGCUCGACUUUGCCAGAACUAGGUUGGCUGCUGAUGUAGGCAAAGCUGGAGGAGAACGUGAAUUUACAGGUCUUGGUAAUUGCUUGUCUAAGAUUUUCAAGGCUGACGGUAUUGUUGGUCUGUACCGUGGAUUUGGUGUAUCCGUCCAGGGUAUCAUUAUCUACCGUGCAGCCUACUUUGGUUUCUAUGACACUGCCCGUGGUAUGCUGCCAGACCCCAAGAAAACACCAUUUGUAGUUUCAUGGGGUAUUGCUCAAGCUGUAACGACUGUUGCCGGUAUUGUAUCUUAUCCAUUUGACACAGUACGUAGGCGUAUGAUGAUGCAGUCCGGUCGCGCCAAAUCUGAAAUUUUGUAUAAGAGCACUCUUCACUGUUGGUCCACUAUCUACAAAUCAGAAGGUGGUAAUGCUUUCUUCAAGGGAGCUUUCUCCAACGUUCUCCGUGGUACCGGUGGUGCGCUCGUAUUGGUACUUUAUGAUGAAAUUAAGAAACUCCUUUAAAUUGUUAAAAUGAUCAUUAACUCAUUACUUUCACAAUCACAAUUACAAAAGUACCAUCUUUAUUAUCCUCACCAUCCGAUUUGAAAGCAGUCAUGAGAUUGAGUGAUUCCCACAAUCACCGUCGAGAAAUACUAAACAAACUGUCGAGAUAUUAAAGAACUAAGAAAAAAAAGAAUCCAGACUGAGGAGUUUUGGUAGUAACCUGUGAAAUGCAUGAAACUCGGCAGAAUACGUAUCUUGAUUGUAGAAGAAAAUUCGCUUAAUUUAUUGCCGGAUUCAGUAUUUCCUAACAGCAGUUCACAUGUGCUAUUUUCAUAUUCCACUUUCAUAAAAACGGAGGAGGAGGAGAUAGAGGAGAGAUAAGAUAUAUUUAUAAUAUAUCUAUCGAAUGAAAGAUGUGGAUUAACAUCAUUAUGAGUAUAUGAAACAUUUAAUACAUGUGGCUACGUAGAUGAUGGUUGGAUCACUAAGUAGUGAAAAUAAUUACCUAACAAAAAAGUGAACGUAUACAUCUAAUUGAGCGAGGGAAGGACGCGCGACGAAAUGUCAUUACGGCGAUGGCGGGACGCGUAGACUUGGGCCACCCCCCGCCCAUAUUCUCGGCCCGUUGUAGAUAAUUAAUAAACGAUCAUGAUAUCAGUAAUGUUCAUCGAGUUUCAAUGAACAGUAAUUUAAUUUCGCACUACAACAACUACGUGUAAGAUAAUGAGAACCGUUACUCCGUACGUAUGCAUCUAAUCUGUUCAUGUUAGGAUGCAUGCAAAAGAAACAGCAGAAUCAAUAAAAGUGAUCUAAAAUGUCA